UGCAGUUCCCUCCUCAGAAAAGGAGUUUCCCUUGGUGAUCAUUAACACUAAUUACAAUCGUUCCCACCAAGACAAUAAAAAGUUUCCUUUAAAACGACAUUACACUGACAAGUCUCAGGCUCGGAAGGCAGGAUUUAUUUGGACGGAGCAAGACAGGAAGAAGGCCAUAAGUGCCAUUAUUCCAAAGGAUAUGGCGUCAUUUCAGAAGCAGGUAAAACAGGUCCUACAGUCAGGCGUCAGAAACGCCAGAUCAAAGUAUACGAAAUAUGCCACUAGCGGUCACGAACCUCAGAGAGUCCGAAUCAACUGCAAGGAUGGAAGAAACCUUGCCUUUAUUGAUAGCACUCUGGAUCAACGUCUACGUGAUCAACUACUCGACAAGUUCAUGGCUCUAUUUCCGGAUGGUCUGAAACACACUGACACUGAAGAGGAGGGGAUUGGCAAUACAUUUCCCUCAAUUCAUUUUGUAUGGUACAAUCGGUAUGCUACUAGGGGAGAUGGGGCGCCAAAAGAUGUCCACCCCGAUGAGCUCUAUAACGGUCAAGGAAGUCGCCUGAAUACUGCCCAGUUUUUGCCAAGGCUCUCAAAAGAAGCUCAUGAAAAUAUGCAGAAAUAUCAUGAACUUGAAGAAGCAUUCCAGGAAAUUUGGCAAUAUCAGCGUUCUGUGGUAGAAAAGUACUUACCUGAGGAGUAUGAAGCCCUUAGGAUCUCUGUCGACCUUCUCCCUUCCAAUGACAUGAGCCCAACAUACCCCUUUGGUGGUGUUGUUCUCAACUUCAACGUAUCGACUCUUGUUCACCGAGACUGGAAGGACCUGAAUGUUUGCCUUGUCAUGCCCAUCAGUGCCUGUCAAGGGGGGGCACUGGUUCUCCAUGAACUUGGGAUCGUUGUGGAAUGCCAGAGUGGAGACAUGAAACAAACUAGAUGUUUCUACAUCUCGCCUCAACUCAGCGCCGUUCUUGACCCACACUAUCACCACACUAUCACCACCGCUUUUCCUGUUUCUCCUUUCUACUCUGUAAUGUCCCUUGUACCACCAAUUGCGAAGGCAUACGUCCUGGCCACUGCUAGGUGUACAGAGCGUCAGAACCCAGGAUUUGCAAGGAAGAUAGAAUCAGCUGGAGAGGCGAGCUCUCUCCUACAGGACGCCUCUGAACAAGAAUCAUUACGCCGUGACAUCCAAGCAUGUCUCCUUGUCGAACUUCAAAGGCUUCAACAAAAGAUUCUUAUUGCCCACCAGGAUGUCCUUAACGCAGAACUGUACUGUGGUGAAGUGCGCUACUGGGUUAGGAAAAGUGGAUUUAUCCUCCCAUCCUCAGAUUUCCAGGCGGCAAGGGACAAUCUAAUUGUGCAAGUCAAGGGAUCUCUACACCUCUCCUCUACUCGCGCUAUCUUCAAUUUGUGCCUGCACGACCACUUGGUAUCUGAGGACCAACACGGAACACCUCCGCAACAUUUGACCCAAAAUGGACUUGCGGGAGGGCUUCCCGUUGACCUGUAUAUCUCCUCCCAAAAGGAUCAAAACUUGGUUGACUUUUACCCAUCACUGUCUGCCUUUCCUGAAAACCAAAGCCUCGCUGGCAAGAAAAGUAAGGCGACUUUGGUCAACCUAAAGACCAGUCGAGGAAGCAAAGCCAAGGCUCUCGCAUCUUCAACUGUUGCUAAUGGUCGCCCUGUCCGUUCAACUGCUGGAAAGGGCGGUGCUAUACACCAACUGACUAUGGCAGCAAACAUCGUCGGCGCUGGCUUAGAAAGAUCUCUGCAAAAAACUGAAACCAAAAAGCAUUCCAGAGACGAGCUUGACAAUGCUCCCCACAACAUGGCUGAAAAUCAUAUGGCGCCUUUGCCAAAGGCAAAACGUAGAAAAGCGGGACAAGUUGAUGCACCGGUCCCUUGUGCUAUUGAUCCUCCUUUGAAACCAGCAGCACCCCUACCUCGAAGUCAUUUACCUGAUUGGUGCUGGAACCUCAAGAUCGUCUGGUCUGUACUUUCCAAGGACCUCAAUAUCCUACCAGUUCACCUCCUUUUCAGCCAGGAGGUAUAUACGCACCACAAGGUCUUCCUCAAAGUUUUCCAGGGCGUCAACCUCAGGUCUUCCAUGGACGCUCUCGCAAAACGCCAAGGCCCUCAGAUAGCUCUUCAGCGUACUAAGAACCCUACCUACCAGACAGCACAGAUACACGACAAUAUCAUGGUAAACAGCAACAAAACCAACGAUGAACAGGAUAUGGAUGUGGACAACGCCUUUGAAAAGAACACCAGCUACAAGGACAGCAACGAAAACAUUAGCAGUGAGGAUAAUAGUAGUGACGACGGUACUGAUGAUUGCUAUGACAAGGAUGGCAAUGAGGAGGAUGAUGAAGAUGAGGAGGAGGAUGAAGACAACAACAUCGACGACAAUAAUCUGCGCCCUACAACAGAAAGUAUAACACUUCCACGUAUGGCUGCUGAUGACUUUCAGGAUAACACCUAUGGUGGUCAGCAUGAUCACUACGAUGACGAAUUUCAGCAAGAAGAUGAGCAAGAAGACACUGAUGUUGAUCAUGUCGACGACAAAUUUCAGCAAGAAGACGCUGAUGUCAAUUAUGUCGACCAGCAAGAAGACGCUGAUGUUGAUCAUGUCGACGACGAAUUUCAGCAAGAAGAUGAGCAAGAAGACGCUGAUGUCAAUUAUGUCGACCAGCAAGAAGACGCUGAUGUUGAUCAUGUCGACCAGCAACAAUCAUUAGAAGCUCAUGAAAUUGAUGAACAGUCACCUUCAGAAGAUGAACGCCAGGCAGAUGCUGUCUUGCACGCACCUCGUUCUUGUACCCCAUAUGAUAAGAACAAAGACAUCUCGUUUGAAGGCAACCAUCAGCCUACCUUUAACAUAGAGGGGGAAGAGCCUCAUGGUCUGGAGGAUCAAGAUAGUCACAAAGUACCUCUCAUACAAGACGUUUUGACGGCGCAUCACAAGAAAAACCGUUCUAACCGCCCUCCAAAACGCAGCCAUUUGGUGGCAGCUGCAAAUCACCACCGCCAGGUCCAAGGUAUUUAUAAUAACCAUAGCGAGCGUGGCAAGCGCAUCGAGCGCCAGGAUCCCCAGGUGGCAUGCCAUACUGAAGAGCCUGAAACCAUUCAAAGUGCUGGAGAUCCAGUAACCUUUCAAGGUACUUACAUUUCUGACGCUAUCUCAGGUAGCUCAGUUUCUGACGUUUCCCAUGCCCUUCAAAUCACUGAAGUACCUGAAACCACUGAAGACCCUCAAGUUCCUGUGACUGUUGCUACUAGAGCACCUCGUAACUCGUUAAAAUCAAAAGGAAACCACGACCCAACUAUUUUGAGCUUCUACCCCUCGGUAUGGCAAGUCGUGAUCAAAAGAGCUAAGAUCAAAUACCAGAAGCACGUUGCUUUGAUACAUAGCUUUCCCUCCAAAGCUAUUGAUGCAGACUUUAAAGUCGCAAAAGCCAUUCUAUCAGAGGAGAUUGCUCAAGGAAAAAAUGAGGGGCUUCUCUUUGAAUCUGGCUUCAGUUUUAGCGAUGACAUGGCUAGCGUCGUUUUUGAAGAGGGCAGCACCUUUCGUGGAAGGUUGAAGACUAUGGGUCGUACCAGUGUUCUUCGAUUCUAUUCUAAGGAUCUGGAUCCCUUGGUUGAGAAUCAAGGACAGCUUGAAAGCGAUAUUGUGGCCAAUGCCAAUAGACUUUUAUCUAUCAGAGAUUCAGAGUACCUAAAAGGUGGCAAGGAUGCCAAUGGGAAAACAAACAAUUUCUCACAUCCUUGCAUUCGUGCUCUAUGCAUUGAGUUCUUCUAUACUGGGAACGACUGUCUGGCUCACCAUUUCCCUGAUAAUUUCAAAGACAGCGUCCCAGAACUCUGUAUGGUGCUUGUCAUGACCUGCAUCACGAAUUGUAUUCAUGAAUUCCAACGGUUUUGCUCUGGAGAGAGGGCCAAGAUCCAAUUUUCUGGUACCGCGUAUCAACCUACUGUCAACGCGUUACUCAGACACAUGGAGGACAUCAAAGCCAACCCAUAUCAUGCCCAGAAAUUGCUUAGUAACCGACAACGAUGGGCCCAAGAUGGGAUUGCUUUGGUCAUUGCUUAA